AUGUACUGUACCAAGUACGUUACUUUGUCGUUUUGUUACAUGGAUGCCGGCCCUGGGGAGACGUCGGCGGCGUCCUUGUUGAGGAUACCUGGAUCCUGGGAGGCGCGAAGAUGGAUUGACGUCUGGCCCCUUUUCUCCGCGGCACGAGGGGGCUCUCGCAAUCCAGCCCUGGCGCGUGCUCGUCUGUCCGGCUGUUCGGACAUGAGGCCAAGGUCUCGGGACAGCUGCUGGACAGGACAGGCUGAAUCGCCCCGUCCAAGAGGCUGCUUGGAAAGUUCCGAUGGUGGACCAGGGUGCAGGGCCGCCGUGGCGGGCGGGCUGCUGGUCGGUGCUGGGAUUGCCGGCGCUGGCCCGUCAUUCGACAAUUGGGGGCCCUUCUCCGCCGCGUCGGGUCUAUCAAUCGAAUAG